GCGGGGUCGGGGCGGGCGCCAAGAUGGCCGGCAUCCGGGUCUAUUACACCAGCGUUACGGGGUCUAGAGAGGUGAAGAAGAGGCAGCUGGAAGUCCUUCGCAUUCUGGAUGGAAACCACAUGAAGUACGAGUUGGUUGACGUGUCCAUCAGCGAAAGUUUGCUUCAAGAAAUGAGGGACAAAGCCGGCAAGCCUGAUGCGAUACCACCGCAGAUCUUCAACGGGGAGCAGUACUGUGGGGACUCCCAGAUGCUGUACGAAGCCACUGAGAACGAAGAGGUUAGGAAGUUUCUGAAGAUGGCAACCAUAGAGAAGACAGCAAGGGGACAGAUCGCAAUUUGAAGAGGGGACACCAGCUUGCUUCUGCCAGUCGUGUCAUAUUACUUGUCCCCACUGCCUCAGAUAAAGAUCUUGCACGUGGAAGUGAGUCACAUCAAGCACAAAAGAAAAAAACACACAAACAACCUUCCAAAUCACCCCAUGAGCUGUGCAGCAUUUGGCACCAAAUGGGGUGCUGCUUUCAAAAAUCCUUUCCAUAAAAUGAGGUUCAGCACCGUCUUCUUCAACAGCUUACUGGGAGGUUGCUGCACUGAACUAUUUUUUUAAAAAACAGAAAACAGUGAAGAUGGGGAAAUUUUGCUCUUGUAAAAUAUUAAUAAAAAGCCAGUGAGUUUAA